AUGGACACGGGGCUGGAGGUCUCCGGCGAGGUGCAGUACCGUGGCGACCCGGUCUUGGUGCCGCCCCGCCGCCCCACGCCGCGCCACGAGCUCUACCUCUCCAACCUCGACGACCAGCGCUUCCUCCGCUUCUCCAUCAAGUACCUCUACGUCUUCUCCGCCGGCGCCGCCGUCCCCGCCGACGCGCUCCGGUCCGCGCUGGCCGAGGCCCUCGUGGACUACUACCCGCUGGCGGGGAGGCUCCGUCCCGGCGACGGCGAGGAGGAGGGGAAGCUCGCCGUGGACUGCAAUGCCGAGGGGGCGCUGUUCGCCGAGGGCUCCCUGCCCGGGCUCGCCGCAGCCGACUUCCUCCGCGGUGGCGGGGCCACGCCGCACAAGUCGUGGCGGAAGCUGCUGUACAGGGUUGACGCGCACGGCUUCGUCGGCGUGCCACCGCUCGUCGUCCAGGUGACCCACCUCGGCUGCGGCGGCAUGGUGCUGUGCACGGCCAUCAACCACUGCCUCUGCGACGGCAUCGGCACGGCGCAGUUCCUGCAUGCAUGGGCGCGUGCCGCCAGGUCCGACAUCGCCGGUGCCGGUGAGCACCCCGUGGUCCACGACCGCCGCGCCCUGCGCCCGCGCUGCCCGCCGCGCGUCGAGUUCGCACACCCGGAGUAUUGCCAAGACGCCGUCGCCCACGACAAGCCCACGCUCCUGGACCACCUGCUAGGCCAGCCGCUCUCGCCGGUGUCUCUCACCUUCACGGGGGCGCACCUGGGGCACCUCAAGAAGCAGUUGCUGCUGUCGGCGCAGGCGCUCAAGCGCUGCACCUCCUUCGAGGCGCUGGCGGCCACGGUGUGGCGCGCGUGGGUGCGCGCUCUGGACCCGCCGGCGGCACUCCGCGUGAAGCUCCUCUUCUCGGUGAACGCCCGGCGGCACCUAAAGCCGGAGCUCCCCAAGGGAUACUACGGCAACGGUUUCGUGCUUGGGUGCGCGGAGUCUACGGCGGGGCAGGUGGCGGCGGUGGCUGCGCCGGCGACAGUGAUCCGGCUCGUGCAGAAGGCCAAGGAGCGCGUGGACGACGACUACGUGCGGUCCAUGGUGGACCUCCUGGAGGAGCGUCGCGUCGGCACGGGCGGUGGAGCCAAGCCGGAUCUGUCGGCGAGCCUGGUGAUCUCGGCAUGGACGCGGUUGGGGCUGGAGGACCUCGACUUCGGCGCUGGCACGCCGGCGCACAUGGGCCCGCUCACCAGCGAGAUAUACUGCGUGUUCGUCCCGGUGGCAGGCGACCCUGGAGGCGUCACCGUGCUCGUCUCCGUCCCGCAGGCGGCUGCUGACAAGUUCGAGCACUACUGCUGCAACCCUGUUGAACCCAGUGGAGUGGAAGACACGGACGACGGUGCCAUCGCCGCCGGUAUGCUGGAGCGCGACGAGCAGCACCAACCCUGUCAUGGACAUGAGAUCAAGAUCGAUUACUAA